AUGACGCUGGCCGGAGCCAGGGACGCCACCGCCGAGGAGAUCAUGCGUCUCAUGCACAUCGACCGGGGCCUGUUCGAGACGCAGCGCGAGAUGGUGGACCUUAUCAAGCAGAUGAGGAGCGAGGCCGGAGACGCGGAGCCGGACCACAGGAUCGGGAAUUCACAUCAGGAGGAGAUGGAGCUCCGGCUGGCGACGGGCGCGUUUGUGCGCACGGGCUACCGGCCGACGGACGAGUACUGGGCGACGGUGCGACGCGUGUACGGCGGCACCGUGCACGAGGUGGACUUCGUCGAGGACUCCGAGAUGGUGCGCCGACAGAUAAACAGCUGGGUCAGAGAGCACACCGACCACCAGGUCAAGGAGAUCCUGACCCCCGGUGCGGUGACGUCGGCGACGCGGCUGUGCAUCGUGAACGGGGUCCAGUUCCGGGGCGUGUGGACGGAGCCGUUCCACGAGACCGAGCUGCGGCGGCACGAGUUCCACGCGAGCAACGACGACGACGACGAAGGCAGCGAGGUCGAGGUCGAGAUGGUGGCGCGCAUCGACGAGUACGGAUACAUCGUCGACCGAGAGCUGUGCUUCACCGCCGUAGAGGUCAUCCACAAGGGCGACACGACCUCGCUGGUGAUCGUGAUGCCCCACCAGCGCCACGACUUCCACGCGCUGGAGAAGCGCCAGAACCUCGACAAGCUGCUGGAGCUGCCGCGACGCAUGACGCGCACGCCGGACGUCGAGCUGUGCCUGCCCAGGCUCAAGCUGGACAUGGGCAUGCGCUUAGAGUCCAUACUCUACUACAUGGGCCUGUCCGACCUCUUCAGCGAGCGUGCCAACCUGUCGGGCAUGUUCGGCCACGGGGUGAACAUGUACGCCACGGAGUGGAUCCACCACGCGGUGGCCGACAUGGUCAACGACCCGAGAAACCCGCGGCGCUACUCCUUCUGCGCCACGGGCGACUCCACGCCGCCCGACGUUGCCGGCCGCUCGAACGAGGAAGAGCUCAGUCCGCCGCCAGCCUCGGCGAUGGCCCGCCCCCGCAGCGUCGACGAGUCGCCCGAGCCACUGCGCCGCCGGGGCAGCGGCAGCGCCACCCCGCCCAGCUGCGCCGCGCAGCCCAAGAGCAGCUGCCUCAAGAAGGAAGGCAAGAAGAGCAAAGCGCACAGAUCCAGCAUGGUGCGCACGACCAUCCCGUUCGUGGUGAACAGGCCGUUCAUCUUCUACGUGCUCCACCGUGAACUGUCGCUGCUCCUCUUCAUGGGCGUCGUCAAGAGGAUCGCCUGA